ACCACAGCAGCGGGGCCACAGAGAGCAAGUGUGCGUCUCCAACUUUUUUGGGGGGAGUCGAUUGAUUAUGUUGUGUUGCUGUAGCCGAGUUGCGCCCGGAGACUUGCUCUCGUAAUAUUUGCUUACUUUAAUACAUUUGUUUUUAUUGUUCCAAACGCUGUCCCACCCGGAGCUGCGCGUAUAUUUCACACAACGUUCUUCAAACUCAACCAAUUUGUUUGAUGUGAGGACGCCCUGAUCCAGCUUGAUUUCCAACCUGCGAAGCUGAGAUUUCCAUCACAAACAGGAUUAAUCAACUAGUCAGACCCGGUUACACGGAAGCAUUUUGCCAACUAUCUGCAUCCAUCAACUGGCUGACAAGUUAGUCGAACAGAGGGGGCAGCCAUGUUGAUCAUCUUAGUCCUCAUCAUCCUCUUCCAUUUGGCCGCAGCCAUCCUCCUCUUUGUUGCAACUAUACACAACGCCUGGUGGUUGGUGUCAGCACCUGGACGGGAUGUACUCUACACGGACCUGUGGUACUCUUGCAACAACACUUGCUUUCAGAUUGCAAAGAGCCACACUCCUGAUGCAGCCUACCUGCAGACAGUCCAGGCCACCAUGAUCCUGGCCACCAUUUUGUGCUGUAUCAGCUUCUUCGUCUUCAUUCUUCAGCUCUUCAGGCUCAAGCAAGGAGAGCGAUUCGUCUUCACCGCAAUUAUUCAGCUGUUAGCCUCUGCGUGUGUGAUGAUCGGGGCCUCCAUUUACACGGCUCAGAACAAGUCGUUCCACCAUAUCAGUCUCCACGACGGCUCUUAUGGAUCCUCCUAUAUUUUAGCCUGGGUCAGCUUCCCAAUGACUCUAAUCAGCGGUCUCAUGUAUGUGGUGCUGAGAAAACGCAAGUAGAUGUCAAUUGAUGGCCGUACGGUAUACAAUAUGAAAUCGAAGUCCUGGGAUGUACAGUGAAAAACUCAAGAAGACAAUUGUGCAGUAUGCUUACGUAGCAGUAUGGAGGCAAUUUACAUGCCCCAAUUUCCCCUCCAAAAACAACAAAUAACACAGAGAUCUAGCAUUGCAUUUCACUGAUAGAAGUGUGGAUUUUGACUAACGCUGUUCUGUUCUCACUGAACGUUGCCAAGGGUGCAUUUAAAACCCUCUCCCCAAUAGACAUUGAUAAAUAUUGGUCCUUUGAGAAAUUUCCAAUGGGUUGUCUGGUGAAUUGCAGCAACUCCACAACAUUCUGCACACUUUUAAAAGCCUGAACGAAUGGCAAGGAGCCUGAGCCGUGUUUGUUCAAUUUGCAUUUCAAGUCGGACAAGAACCAACCGAUUUCCCUGAAGCCCCGACCAGGGUUCAUUUGCAUCAAAUCGAGGCGAGCAUCUCCAUGUAAAUGCUCAUGAGCUGUCUUUCAGCUGGAGUAGAGGAAGAACAUCUACGAUUACUGACGCUUCUUUGUGCAUUUAGUGAGAAUGUAUCGUUUGAUUUGUAUAGAACUGGUCAUUCAAGUUAUUAAAAUCCACAAAACAUCUGACUGGAGUUUUUUUUUUGUGUGAAGAUUUUCCAUUUUUUUUUAAACAACAAAUGCUUACUGUCAUUCUUGAUUAUUAUUAUUAUUAUUUUUUUUUUUUACUAUAGACUACCGACAUCUUGUCACCACGUUUUCGUCUUUUAUGGCUCAUUGUCAUGAUUUCCAUCAAUGUAAGCAUUUGGGUUGAGUUAAAAAAAAAAAAAGCUGGGAGAUUUGUCAUGCAGGGUCCACACCCCUUUUUGAGAUGUUAUUAACAAAACAUUUUUGUACAUAUUUGCUGUGUGUGUCUAGUUCAGAGUGUUGCGGACUGAAAUACUAACAUCUUUGGUAACACACACACAAAAUAAGAUUAGAAAUUAUGUUAACUAUAGCAUAUAAGAAAUGUAGUGAUAGUAGUUUUAGUAUUUGAACAUUUUGUCUGUUCUGCUUUUACAUCUGUUGGUGAAAUGGUGAAACACUGAAACCAAUGAUGUGCUGCGAUGUUUUGGGAUUUAAAUGACAACAUAAACUUGAAAUGGGAAUGUUUUGUUAUUUUUGUCAUUUCAUGAUGCUAUUUUGUUUCUCUUCAAUGAAAACUGAGACAAAGGCUAUUUAUUAAACCAACUGUAACUCGUUGUCACAUCACAGGUGAGGAUGAAGUGAGUCUUUUAUUCUGCCGUAUUUGUCAUUCCAACCUGCUUCGCAUUGGAAAUUAUUUCUGGCUAAUAAUAUUUGCUCAUAAAAUACCACUAAC